GGAGACAUCGCUCCAGCGCCCCUGAGCUGUCCUUGGUCAAUGGGAGUGGCUGAGGCUGGCGUGCGGACCUAAAAUCCCCACUGAUAUCAAGGCAACUGCGCAAGCAAUCUCCCUGCCCCUGCUCAUUGGUCAGCACCAGCAGCAACAGCAGCUGCUGGAGUGCUGUUGCGUUCUCCUCAAGCGCAACUGUGCAAGGACUGCUGGAGUGCAAGCACAGUUCUGCUUCCACUACUUGAAGUCGACUCCCUCCCACUCCAGUCUCCAGGGGAGAGCCGCAUUGGCAGCUUGCCUCUGCCCAUGCCCAGGCAUUGGAGCUCGUCCCCAAUGGCAAUGCGUCACCAGUUCGGGGCUUCGGUGCUGCUGCAUCUACUGGUGUUAGCGGGGGCGGGGGCCAUGGUCACUGCUGACCAGGAGAGCGACCGGAUCCGCGAGCUCCCGGGCCAGCCGCCGAACGUGGGGUUCUCGCAGUACUCCGGCUACGUCACCGUCAACCCGGCGCGGGGGCGCGCGCUCUUCUACUGGCUCGUGGAGGCGGUGCCGGCGGCCGGGCCCAUCGCGCCGCUCGUCCUCUGGCUCAACGGCGGCCCUGGAUGCUCGUCAGUCGGCUACGGCGCGUCCGAGGAGGUCGGCCCGUUCCGCAUCAGGCCGGACGGCCAGACUCUCUACCUCAACCCCAAUUCUUGGAACAAGGCGGCCAAUUUGCUCUUCCUGGAGUCGCCGGCCGGCGUGGGGUUCUCGUACUCGAACUCGUCGCUGGAUCUGUACACCGCAGGAGAUGCAAAGACAGCACUGGAUGCCUACGCUUUUCUUGUGAACUGGUUGGAGAGAUUCCCACAGUACAAGUACAGGGAGUUCUAUAUUGCUGGGGAAAGUUACGCGGGUCACUACGUUCCACAGUUAGCCCAGCUCAUAUAUGAAAAGAACAAGGGCAUUCAGAAUCCAACAAUUAAUUUCAAAGGAUUCAUGGUGGGCAAUGCAGUCACUGAUGACUACCAUGAUUACCUUGGUACCUUUGAGUUUUGGUGGACUCAUGGUCUGAUCUCUGACAAGACUUAUCACAACUUGAAGGCGACAUGUUUGCUUGAAUCCUCACAGCACCCUUCACCUGACUGUGUCAAGAACCUGAAUCUAGCCAGUGCUGAAGAAGGCAAUAUUGAUCCUUAUAGUCUGAAUACAAAGCCAUGCAAUGACACCGCCUCUCUCAAGCUUGGCUUGGGUGGACGCUACCCUUGGUUGUCCAGAGCCUAUGAUCCUUGUACUGAAAGAUAUGCAAGUAUUUACUACAACAGGCCAGAAGUGCAGAUGGCAUUGCAUGCAAAUACAACUGGAAUUCAUUACCCUUGGCAAACAUGCAGCGAUAUUGUUGGAUCCUACUGGGCUGAUUCCCCAAGAUCUAUGCUUCCAAUCUACCAAGAACUGAUAGCAGCUGGUAUCAAGAUCUGGGUUUUCAGUGGGGACACGGAUGCUGUAGUUCCUGUAACUGCGACAAGGUACUCAAUAGAUGCUCUCAAGCUUCCAACACUGGUAAAUUGGUACCCUUGGUAUGACCAUGGGAAGGUUGGAGGUUGGAGCCAAGUUUACAAAGGACUAACCCUUAUAACCAUAGCAGGUGCAGGACAUGAAGUGCCACUGCACCGGCCUCGACAAGCUUUGAUCAUGUUCAGACACUUCUUGCAGAACAAACCGAUGCCAGCACAAUAGCCAGUCGAAGCAGAAAUAUAGUGUAAACUACCACAGUCAUGUUUAAUAUUUUUUAAAUUCUUUUUUACUUGAUUUGAUUGUUAUUGUUACAACAUAUUGUUCAAUUAUCUCGAUUGAAUGUAUGUACGCCCAGUAGCAAAUAGGGAUACCUGAAAUUUGUACUGCUGGAGCUAAAGAGCUCCGCUGUAUAUGUAAUGAUGAUCUUUAGCAUU